UCCAUAAGAGCUGUUCGUCACCACUGGGGGGACCAGAGGAAACCAUAUACUAUGAUCCUUAUCUGGAAACAUGGGAGAACUUCCUGUCGUAUGUAAAACAAACACAAACAAACAAACAAACAAACAAACUGUAUUGGUUUUGUAUCUGCAGGCUUCUUGCUUCUAUACUUCCACAGAUUUACUGCCUACUACUUCUAGUACUCCUUCUAGUGUGUCGAGGAAUGUUCCUGCAACACGUACAGUCUCGAGAAGAACCUAGAUGUUCUGACAUUCCACCCAUUUAAAGACCCUUUGUGGACAAACACCCACUAACAUGUGUCUGUCCUCAGUGGGACAGGGACCAAUGACUCUGCAGUAGAGAUGGAAACAUGACACCUGGGUGCACACGAUGAUUAUCACCUCUCUUCCAGAGCGAUGCUGUGACGUGUGUUGAAGUUAAUAUAUAACACAUAAAAUCAACAGGGAUUUGGACAAGUAUUAUAAUUUAUUAAUGUACAAAACAUACAAUGUGCUACAGUAAUUACAGUAACCACGAUGACAUUUUCACUUGACUAACCAUGUUUCCACUGCCGGCUGGCACGACGUCUAGCACGACAUCUGGCACGGCGUCUGGCACGGCGUCUAGCACAGGCACGGCGUCUGGCACGGCGUCUAGCACGGGCACGGCGUCUAGCACAACGUCUAGCACGGCAUCUAGCACAGGCACGACGUCUAGCACGGGCAUGGCGUCUAGCACGACGUCUAGCACGGUGUCUAGCACAACAUCUAGCACGGCGUCUAGCACGGCGGCUAGCACGGGCACGGCGUCUAGCACGGCGUCUAGCACAGGCACGACGUCUAGCACGAGCACGGCGUCUAGCACGGGCACGGCAUCUAGCAAGGCAUCUAGCACGGCGUCUAGCACGGGCACGACGUCUAGCACAACAUCUAGCAAGACAUCUAGCACAGCGUCUAGCACGGGCACGGCGUCUAGCAAGGCAUCUAGCACGGCGUCUAGCACGGGCACGACAUCUAGCACAACAUCUGGCAAGACGUCUAGCACGGGCACGACGUCUAGCAAGGCGUCUAGCACAGGCACGGCGUCGAGCAUGGCGUCGAGCACGGGCACGGCGUCUAACACGACGUCUAGCAAGUCACAGGAUGACAGUUAUCUUGAAAACUAACUGUCAUAUCUGUUUGGGAUGUUCUAUUUGUGGCGCCCCUCUGACCUCUCCCUUAGCGUCCCCGUCAGACAUACAUGUCACUGUAACACACAGAGCUGGGUUAUGAUUGGUUAGGAAGGUCGAGCUCCCAAGGGGAUGAACGUUUUAGAUCUUCAUGAUUGGUUCUUUCAUUCCUCUCGCCUGUUUAACAAUGUUUGAUCACAUAAUAAAAAUGAUCUAAUUACAUUCUGCAUGUCAAAAUGGAGGACAUCCAAAUGAUUGAUGAGAAGCUUUUUAACUGCGACUAGCGCUUGUGAUAUCAUAACAUGUUUCCAUUAUGCUGUCAUAUUCAGGUUGACAGCAGUCGUAAAAAGUGAAAUGCUGCUUCAUCUCGUCUUUAUUUGUUUAUUAUGAGCUGGUCUUCAUCUGUCUAAAGGAAGCUGCGUUAUCUUUCUAGUUGUUCUCACAGUGUCUGUUUCACUGGUGUGGGAUCAGUUUCCUUCCCUCUUCCUGAUUGACUCAUUGCUGCUUCAGAUACAUCUUUGAGAUUCAGCCGUUGAAUCAUUGGAAACAUUUGUCCAGUGUUCACAUUUAGUUGUUGAUUCAAAUAUGUGAAAUUAUAAAACAAUCAAGCACCCGAAAAUAUAGCUUCACCCAGAGGGCGCCUGGGUGGACCUCCACAGUCCAUGCCAGGUCGCUCAUGUUUGUGUUAAUGUGUGUCAGCACGGUGACCUGUCCAGAUGUGCCCCCCCCCCUUUCACCCACUGUGUGCUGGUGCAGCAUGCUGAUAUGAAGUCAUAUUACUUCUUCACCAUCAUUUCAUGCUUUUAUUUUGAAGGCCAAACUAGAGGUUAUUAUUUUCUGCUUGUUCUUAUGGACCUUCUCUGUUGUUCUUCCUUUGCUGGGCAUCAUGACGAGCCUUUAUGCUAUCUCUGUCUCUGUCCCUGUCUCUCUCUCUUCAUUCACUCUAUAGCUUGCUCCACCACCUCUGCUCUCUCUCUCCCUCCCUCUCGUUAGCAGCUGAUGAAUGUGACGUGAUAUUUCACAUGAGGUGCUACACAUUAGAAUAUGAAUUCAAAUCUUUAGAAUUUGAAUCCGUUGACAUUAGAGACAUGAAUGAGCUCCACAAAAGGACUUGGUGUUGAAAUUGUGUCCCUAGUGUUUGAUAUGUUCGUGAUGCCCGAUCAGGAACAUUUCAAACACGUUUUUAGCUUUCAGACUGUUUCAAAUCUGUGUGACGUUGACAGGUUUUACCUUUUCUCGUUGUUUCUCCUUGUGUUUCCAGGAAAGCAAUAGCUAAGUCCGGCCUGCACCAUCUUCCCUGUCAGCCCAGCACAUCGUCCCUGAACAGGAGCGACCCAGAGGCAGAUAUCCGCAG